AUGUUCUUGUUGGAUUGGUUCUAUGGAGUGCUCGCAUCGCUUGGCCUGUGGCAAAAGGAAGCGAAGAUCCUUUUUCUAGGGCUUGAUAAUGCUGGCAAAACCACCCUUCUUCAUAUGCUUAAGGAUGAGAGAUUGGUGCAGCACCAACCGACCCAGCAUCCAACUUCGGAGGAGCUGAGUAUUGGGAAAAUCAAGUUCAAGGCUUUUGAUUUGGGAGGACAUCAGAUUGCUCGCAGAGUGUGGAAAGAUUAUUACGCCAAGGUUGAUGCAGUUGUUUACUUAGUUGAUGCCUACGACAAGGAAAGGUUUGCCGAGUCGAAGAAAGAGUUAGAUGCUCUAUUAUCAGACGAGUCCCUGGCUAAUGUCCCGUUUUUGAUCUUGGGCAACAAAAUCGAUAUCCCUUAUGCUGCUUCUGAAGAUGAGCUGCGUUACCACUUGGGCCUGACGAGCCUCACUACAGGUAAGGGGAAGGUCAACUUGGCUGACUCAAAUGUUCGCCCGAUCGAGGUAUUCAUGUGCAGCAUUGUUCGUAAGAUGGGCUAUGGUGAUGGCUUCAAAUGGGUCUCUCAGUAUAUCAAGUAA